AUGGGAAAUUUCUAAAAUCAAUAUAUAAUUGACUAACCAUUAUACGAAAAAGACAAAUUUAUAAUUUCGAAAAAAUCCUAAGACCCUCAUUUUGUAUCUGCACUUGAAUACUUAGAUUCUUAAAAUGUUACACAUGGAGAUAUUAGACCUUUCAAUAUCUUCAUUAAAAGAUCAACUGGAUAGGUUAAAUUAGGCGAAUAAUUUAAAUAUUCGGAACCUUUAACUGCCUAUACUCAAAUUUUGACAAAAUCAACUAACGAGUUUUAUGCUUCACCUCAGCUUUUGGAAAACGUAUAAAGAUUAGAAGCUGAACCGGACUACGAUAGAUUACAAAACGAUAUUUUUUCAAUAGGAAUGUGUCUAUUAGAAGUUUGUACAUUACAAAAUGUAUCAGAUUUAUGUUAUAAUUAAAAUGAACUUUUAGUAAAAGAAGGAGCAAUAAGAGGAUUAUUAGAAAUUGUAAGAAUAAAUAUUGAAAAAUUUAAGUGA